CUCUUGCAGAGCUGCCCAGCAGACAGCAGCAUGGCUCUGUGCUGUGCUCUGCUGCUGCUCUGCUCCCAGGCUCUGGCUCUGGCUCUGGCCCUGGGCAGAGGGAUGCUCUACCCCAGGGAGUCUGCCUCCAGGGAGCUGAAGGAGCUGAAUGGCAUCUGGAGCUUCAGGGCUGACUUCUCCCCUCAGCGGGACAAGGGGUUUGUGCAGCAGUGGUACCGGAAGCCCCUGAGACAGAGUGGGCCUGUGAUCGAUAUGCCAGUACCCGCCAGCUUCAAUGAGCUCACUCAGGAUCCCAGCCUGCGGCAGUACACUGGCUGGGUUUGGUAUGAGAAAGAGGUGCUGCUUCCCAGGAGCUGGCUUCUGAAUGCCCUCAACACCCGCGUGGUGCUUCGGGUUGGCAGUGCCCAUUAUUACUCCAUAGUUUGGGUCAAUGGGGUGAACGUUACUGAGCAUGAAGGGGGCCACCUCCCCUUUGAAGCAGACAUAAGCAGGAUUGUUCAGGGCAGCCCCGGAGCUCUGUGUCGCAUCACCAUUGCGCUCAACAAUACGCUGACACCUCAGACCCUGCCUCCCGGCUCCAUUCAGUUCAUGAGGGACGAGUCUAAGUACCCUAGGGGUUAUUUUGUUCAGAACACAAGGUUUGAUUUCUUUAACUACGCUGGAAUUCAUCGUCCGGUCGUGUUGUAUACAACCCCCUCUGUCUACAUAGACGACAUCACUGUGACUACAGCCUGGGCAGGGAAUAUUGGUGUGGUGCGAUACGAGGUUUUGGUGAUGGGCAACACCCGCUACUCCUUGUCGCUGAAUUUACGUGAAAAAGAGGGGAAAGUGGUGGCUACGGGAAAGGGACUGAUCGGGGAGUUGAAAGUAGUGGAGCCAAAGCUGUGGUGGCCUUAUCUGAUGAAUGAAAACCCCGGAUACCUUUAUUACUUAGAGGUGAAGCUGUCGGCGCAGGUGGGCGGUGAGCUGUCGGAAGACGUGUACACGCUCCCCGUCGGGAUCCGCACCGUGCAUGUCACCAGCCGUCAGUUCCUCAUCAACGGAAAGCCCUUCUACUUCCAUGGAGUCAACAAACACGAAGAUGCCGAUAUCCGUGGCAAAGGACUGGACUGGGCCCUGAUCGUGAAGGACUUCAACUUGCUGCAGUGGCUCGGGGCCAAUUCCUUCCGCACUAGCCACUACCCCUAUGCAGAGGAGAUCAUGGACUUGUGCGACGCGUAUGGCAUCGUGGUUAUUGACGAGUGUCCGGGCGUGGGGAUGAAAGACCCGGAGAACUUCGGGAACAAGUCACUGGCACACCAUCUUGUGGUGAUGGAAGAGCUGAUCCGCAGGGAUAAGAACCGGCCAUCGGUUGUGAUGUGGUCUGUAGCCAAUGAACCAGCUUCAGAGCUAUUGCCCGCAGCUUACUACUUUAAGACAGUGAUAGCUCACACUAAAGCCAUUGAUCCUACCCGACCCGUAACCUUUGUGUCAAAUGCUAAUUACGCUCAUGAUCAUGGUGCUCCAUACGUGGAUGUAAUUUGCAUAAAUAGCUACUUCUCCUGGUACCAUGACGCUGGCCAUCUGGAGGUUAUUCAGCUGCAACUCAAUACACAGUUUGAGAACUGGUAUGAAGCCUACCAAAGGCCAAUUAUCCAGAGCGAAUAUGGAGCAGAUACUAUUGCUGGGCUUCACAAUGACCCACCUCUUAUGUUCAGCGAGGAAUACCAAAAGGCUGUGCUAAAGGAAUACCAUUCAGUAUUUGACAAAAAGAGAAAGGAGUAUGUGAUUGGGGAGCUCAUCUGGAACUUUGCUGAUUUUAUGACAGAUCAAGCAACCAGCCGUGUUUUAGGGAACAAGAAGGGGAUCUUUACCCGUCAACGACAACCAAAGGCAGCUGCAUUUGUUCUAAGAGACAGAUACUGGAAGCUUGCAAAUGAAUCAAGUUGUCUCCAUCCAACACUCACAUAUUACAAUUUAUGAGUGGGUAUUAAGCUCAGAUGUUUUCGUUAAAUAAUAUUUUGCUUAAUGUUUACAUUUUACUGAAAUCUAGUAUUACAGAAUUAGUGCAGUUUAACUGUUUGAAAUAGUACUAAAAUAAAAAUAUUUCCAUAC